CCAAAAACCCUCCUCUACAUCCUUGGCGGCUACUUUGCCGUCGUCAACGCCGGCUCCGUGGGUCUCUUCUGGUACGACAAGCAGCAGGCGCAACGGAGAGGGUGGCGGGUGCCGGAGAAGCAGUUGCAGUUCAGUGCGCUUCUGGGAGGGUGGGUCGGUGGGAUGUGGGCGAUGAAGACGUUUCGGCAUAAGACUGUUAAGCAGUCGUUUAAGGAGCCCUACAUGAUGUGCGUGGCAGGAAACGUGUUGGCUUGCAUGGGUGCCGCCGCGGCGUGG